AUGGCUCCUGCAAUUCGAGAGAAUAUCGAUAAUGUCAAGAAUAAACUCGAUCCAUAUUUACAUAGUGAACAAAUUGAUUCAUAUUUGAAUCCUAUCGAAGAAAAAAUACAUUUAGAACGUUCACUAAUUGUUCUUGGUUUGUUUCCUAUUGUUAUCAUCUAUAUGAUCUUUGGUGGAUGCAAUGAUUUUGUCUGCAAUUUUAUCGGUAUUCUUUACCCUAUAUGUGCUUCAUUAUCAAUUGUUAAAUCAUCAGAAACAAAUUAUGUUAAAGAAAAAGAAUUACUCAUUUAUUGGAUUGUUUAUUCAUCACUGAUUUCUAUUGAGUAUAUUGGAUAUAAUCAAUUUCAUGCAUUACGUAUUUAUUGGCUUAUUAAAUUAAUUUUUCUUAUCUGGUUUAUAAACUAUGGUGCUGCUAAAGCCAAGAAAUUACUUGAAUUUGUAGCUCUUGACCUAGCUACAAUUAGAUUGGUUUCAAUCAGUUUAGGUGACGUAGGAAUGCAAUAUGUGGCUGAAGGUUUACGAAAUAAUACGACAUUGGUUGAAAUCAAUUUUUCAAAUACUGGUUUGGGAUCUGAAUCAGUACGAAUUUUGGCUGAGGUUUUAGAAAAUAAGACUGCAUUGACUACUCUCGAUCUCUCAGAGAAUAAUAUUGAAGGUGACGGCGUUCAACAUCUGACACUGACUGAUUUAUGUCUUACAUCGAAUAAGAUUGGAGACGAAGGAGCACAGCACUUGUGUGAUCUUUUACGAAAUACCAUAACACUCACCACACUCAAACUUGGUAACAAUGAUAUCGGAGUGGAAGGAAUUCGACACUUUGCUGAUGCUUUAAAAAAUAAUAAUACAAUCACAACACUCGACCUCGGUUCUAAUAAAAUCAAAGAUGAAGGAGCCCGAUAUUUGGGUGUUGCUUUACGUGAUAACACAACACUCAGUGAACUGGAUCUUGGAUCGAGUGAAAUCGAAGCUGAAGGAGCCCGAUUUCUAGGCGAUGGAUUACGAAAUAAUAAGUCACUUACCAGUCUAAAGCUUUCAGGAAAUAUCAUCAAAGACGAAGGGGUUCAACAUUUACUUAAUGCUUUAGAAAAUAACAUUAUACUCAACCACCUUGAUCUUGCAUGGACUGAAUUUGAAGAAGAUGGAAAAAAAGCGAUUAAUAAUUAUGUGGAAAAGACAGGAUGUUCUGUCUUUAAAGGAUUCGAUUUUUAG